CCCUUCAUGGUCUGUCCAGCAGUGCAGCAGCAGCAGAUUAAAGGCGGGAGAAGGAGAGGACAUGAGGACAGAACAGCAGCUGCCGAAGACAUGAAAACGUGUAUUUAAUCGAGUCCAAAAUCUGGUGAAUAAGUGAAAACAUUGAGACCAGAACUGGAUAUUUAGAGCUCAAUGUUUUUUAAUUAGAAUUAUAGCACAGAAAACCAGGGAGAGAAAUAUUCUGACUGCUGCACCUGCUGCAUGAAGUCCUCAGCAGUGAUCUGUGUUGGUCAGAUUUAAGGGACAACAUCAAACCAGGACUCCAAGAUGACAGCUGCCACAAAGCUUCUGGAUGAGAUGUGCCAUCUGACGGCUCAAUCUCUGACAGCGAUGGACACAUCAGAGCACUUCCAGGUCCUAAAGCUGCUGGGCGAAGGCUCAUAUGGAAAAGUAAUGCUGGCUGUGCACAGAAAAAGAGGAACUCCAAUGGCUUUGAAGCUCUUCCCACGGGAAUCCACCUCACUUUUCUCCUUCCUGAGGGAGUACAAUCUCUCUUUGUCAUUCUGCACCCAUCCGUCUCUGACCAGAGCUCUGGGAAUCGCGUACUCCACCCCGUCACAUUACAUCUUCGCUCAGCAAGCCAGCCUCUUUGGUGAUCUCUUUGAUGUAAUCACACCAGAGGUGGGGAUGGAGGACGACUGCUGUCAGCGGGUGGUGUCCCAGCUGUGUGGGGCUCUGUCCCACCUCCACUCCCUUGGUUUUGUCCACAGAGAUGUCAAACCUGAGAAUGUCUUUCUGUGUGACUCUGCAUGUCGAUGGGUCAAACUUGGAGACUUUGGCAUGGUGAAGGCCAGGGGAACCAGAAUCCCAGAGGUCUGGUAUAGUUCUCCUUACUGCACCCCGGAGGCUGAGAUUGCUCGAGGAAACGAGGACAGCUGGAGCAGCACAAACGACGAAAACGGUAACUUUCAGGAGGAUGAGGACAAGAAGAAAACAAAGAAGCAGAGAGUUUGGGCGUCUGUGGAGCCCAGCACAGACAGCUGGGCGCUGGGCAUUCUCACAUACGCCAUGCUCACCGGCAGUCACCCCUGGGCUGAGACAGCCAGCGACUGCUGCUCAUACGUAAAGUAUCGAGAUUGGUUUGAGAGUGCAGAAGGUCCUGAUGAUGAACUGGAUGUGUGGGUAGAACCUGACACAGAGAGCACACAGGGAGCCACUGAUCUGAAUAGAAACAGACAGAAGGACGGUUCACCUGUCGCCCCUCAGUUUGCCUGUUUCACACAGUUAGCCUGCUCCUUCUUCCAAUCGCUUCUCGACCCCAGGCCGCAACUUCGAGGAAGUCCUGAGGACGCUCUGAGUUACCUUGGAGACCACUGGAUGAUGGAGAAAGAGAGGAUGAGACAGGAGAAGGAGAGGAAGAAGAGUAGUGGGAAGACUGCAAUUAAAUCGGUGAAAGAGAUGGAGGGGAGAGGAGAGCGGUGAGCAAAGAUGGCUAAAGAAGACUUAAGACUGUGUGAUCAAGAUGAAAAUGCAGUCAUGCUUGUUACUUAGCAUUGCACUGUUUUAAAAUGUAUCAACCUGAAAUCCUGUUUAUAUUCCUGAAUAUGAAUAUUGCAAUCUCUAUUUUUGUAAUUUAAGCAAUUUUUUUAAUUUUAUUUUAUUUUUGGGGGGGAUCUGGAAUGUGUAAAAAAGUUAGUCACUGUAGAUGCCAUAGAAACCAAGCUAUGCAGUCAGGAAAAGUAUGUUACUUUAAUUUUUCAUAAUAAACUCUCCAAAGUUAUGAUA